UAAGGAUACAAGAGUCAUUUUGGAUUGAGCCGGAAAACAAGCGGUUUUCGCGACGGAAGUACAAAAAAAAACUACAACAAAAAUGGCGGCGCCCGUGCAAGAAGUGGUGGCCAACACACACGUGGAGAAAAAGAAAAAGCCCCAAAACGUUACUGGGAAGAAACGAAAAAUGAAGAGAACACGAAAACUGAUAAAGAGAAAAGCACUGAAGGUGAAUCACCGAAGAAAUGCCAGACAAAAACCAGCAUGAGGGACUGAAGAGGAACAGAAGACCUAACAAAAAGUUCAUAUCAGGGAAAAAAGACCCUUUCCCUGGUGAGGCCCCAAUCCCAGAAGUGCAGCUGAAGAAAUUCCAGAGAGGCAAAAAAAUUCAAAAGUUGAAAAAUGUCAAAAAGAGGGCCAAAGAGUUCAUCGAAAAGUCUGAGAUGGCUUCUAAUCUGGCACAGAAACAGGCUGCACGAUACGAUCUCAUGCUUCCAGAGGAUGCUGGGUUCCUGGAGGGAGACGAGGGUGAGGACACAUGCACUGUAUUACAGGAGGACAUUGCAGAGGCUGUUGAUAUUACAUCUGGGGCAAAGUACUUUAACCUUCAUCUAAACCAGUUUGGACCAUACAGACUAGACUACAGCAGAACUGGCCGGCAUCUCUUACUAGGUGGAAGGAGAGGUCAUGUGAGUUGCAUAGAAUGGCAGACCAAAAAACUUAUGUGCGAGAUGAACGUCAUGGAGACGGUUCAAGAUAUCAAGUGGCUCCACACCGAGGCCAUGUUCGCUGUGGCUCAGAAGAAGUGGCUCUACAUCUAUGACUCCAAUGGCAUAGAACUGCAUUGCAUCAAAAAAUUCAACGACGUCCUCCGCAUGCAGUUCCUCCCUUACCACUUCCUGCUCGCCACAGCGAGUGCCACAGGUUUCCUGCAGUACCUGGAUGUGUCGGUGGGAAAGGAGGUGGCAGCGAUCUGCACAAAGUUAGGCAGGCUCGACGUGAUGGCACAAAAUCCCCACAAUGCCGUCAUCCACCUGGGUCACUCGAAUGGCACGGUCAGCUUGUGGUCUCCCAAUCAGAGAGAGCCAUUAGUUAAAAUGCUGUGCCACCGGGGUGCAGUCCGUUCGCUCACUGUGGACAAAACUGGCACAUACAUGGUGACGUCAGGUCUGGACAGGAGGCUGACGGUGCAUGACAUUCGAGCAUUUAAGCCACUUCACAAGUACUUCUUGCCUGCUGGAGCCUCCUGCCUCUCCCUCAGUCAGAGAGGACUGCUUAGUGCUGCUACAGGAGAUGUAGUACAGGUGUACAAAGAUGUGUGGGGAGGUGGAAAGAUAUCCAAGCCCUACAUGGCACAUCGCGUAAGAGGUUCAGUAUGGGGCGUUGGCUUUUGCCCCUUCGAGGACAUACUCGGUAUUGGACAUGGAGAAGGGUUCACUAGUAUGAUUGUGCCAGGUGCUGGUGAGCCGAACUUUGAUGCUCUGGAUGUGAACCCAUACCGUAGCUUAAAGCAGAGGCAGGAAUGGGAGGUCAAGGCUCUCCUGGAGAAAGUGCAGCCUGAGCUGAUUGGUUUGGACCCAGGGCUGUUGAGUAAAGUGGACAAGGUGUCAUUUGAGCAGAAACAUAAAGAGAGAGUGGCGGCAUUGGGUUAUGAUCCACUCGCAAAUGAAAAGUUUAAGCCAAGAUUUAAAAAAAGAGGUAAAAGUGCAUCUGGAGCUGUGGAGAAGAGGAAGAAGAAAGUGGCCCACGAGGAUCAAAGGGACGUGAUUCGGAAGACAGUGGCGGAGAAACUGCAGAGGGAAAAGGAGAGGAAGGAGAGUGCCAAGCAGCAGGGUAUGCAGUGGAAGAAGACCGCACUGGACCGAUUCAAGAAGUAGAAAGGAGCUUUGUGACGACGACUUUACAGAACUAACAGACUUAUUCAGAACACUGAAAACUGGACUAGUUUUCAGUCUUUUUUUGUGAGAUUUUCUUGUAAUGAGAAGUCCUUUUUUGCAGAAAAUAUCUCUGUACUGAGUAUUUUUUAAUUAAACUGAUAUGCUGUAA